AUGACGAGAGACGGCACUGGCCGCGAACCUCAAGACCAGCGAAGCGCUAUAACUGCGACCGAAGCUGCUGUAGCUGGUGCUGUGUCUGGAGGUGUGACGCGACUCGUCGCUGCGCCUUUUGACCUCCUCAAGAUCCGCUUCCAAGUGCAGCCGACGCCCAGUGUCACUAGACAGCACUUGCAGCUCAAGUACGUUGGUCUGCUGCAAGCUGUACGAAGUAUAUAUGCUGAAGAGGGCUUGCGCACGUUCUGGCGUGGAAAUUUGGCGGCCACGGGACUGUGGGUGGGCUACUCGUCUCUACAGUUUGCCACUUACCGCACACUCACACGCUAUUGGGAACAAGGUCAAGACGGUGCAUCGAAAGCUGCUCCACCGUUCCAAGUCAGUGCUGUGAAUGGAGCCGCCGCUGGCGUCACUGCGGCUGUUUUUACGUACCCUCUGGACCUCUUCCGCACGGCGUUUGCCAGUCAAGGGAUGCCCAAGCGGUUUCCAACGAUGCGCAGCUUGGUGCUGCAUAUUUGGACGACACAAGGUGCUCGUGGGUUCUUUAGCGGUCUCGGGGCCACGACGUUGCAAAUUGCACCGUACAUGGGCCUGACUUUCAGUAUCUACUCGACGUUGAAUGAAGUGGCAUUGAAACACCGCAGGAAACAAGAGAGCGGUGCUAUCACUGCGUGGACACCGUUUUCCAAAGCUUUAUCGUACGUUGGAAGCGGAGCCGUGGCUGGACUGCUGUCAAAGCUGAUCGUGUAUCCGUUGGAUACAGUCAAGAAACGCAUGCAGAUGCGUCACGUACCGCGUUCAACAGCAUACGGUGUUAUUCCAAUGUAUUCUUCCAGCUGGAGGUGCUUUGUUGACGUGUUACAGCGGGAAGGCGUCCGUGGUCUCUAUAAGGGCACAGUGCCGAGCCUGCUAAAGUCCGUUGUCUCCGCCAGUGCGACUUUUGCGUCAUAUGAGCUCAUGCUGGAGGUAUUGCGGCACGUACCCAUUCAUAGAGAUAGCAAGGAGUGGACAGAGGAAAGGGACUUUGACGGUAAGUGA